GUCAAACCAAUUGUGUCUUAGGCAAACGACAUGGUUGGAGCUACUCAAUAAUCCAUUACACUCAGCAGUGUCAGUAUUUCCGACUUCUAAGACAAGGGCAGGGGGCAAAGAGCUAGCGAACACCUCGCGUAGCCUACUACGGAUACACGACGAUGCAAGUUUCUCAGAUUUGUAGGCGAGGCAGCAUGGAGCAGAACUCUGUUAGAAUGUCUACCAGCCCGACUCCGCCGGCCCACUGAGAUUGAUCUAACCUUGAAGUCAGAAUGAGUGUGAUGAUUUGCAUAUAUGGCAUUGCACUCCGAUCGUGCUGCUGACUUCGUCGGCAUUUUCUCCGUUACCUUUUCGCUUCUGAGGUUUCGUCAGUCAAGACGACCAGUUAACAGACAUGGUUUUCAACAACGCCAAGGCAGAAUAUUCGGAGGUGCACCAGAGUGAAGAAGGGUCUGAAGGCGAAGGGAGCUCGAGAAUGCCGCCCCCGCCUGACCGCUUCACGCACUCUGCGUAUCGCAUGCUGAUGGUAUCUACCUUUUUGUGCUGCAUUGUUUCUGUGGCAAUUGGAUUCUUCCUAGGCACAUACGGCUUCAACUUGGGCUCUCGGCAGACCUCUUGUGCCACGGAGCCGAAGAAAGUCGAUUCUGCUACUGGGCUUGGCAUGGCCACUAUUGAUGAGGCACCUUUCAUCACCAAUGUACCACUUGUCCGGAAGAAGUUUGAGCAUGACUCUUCUUACAACUUCACAGCUCCGGGUGCGAACCAGAAGUGGCUCGAUCUGAUCUCAUUUGGCAAGCCUUUCGUUGCGUUGAAUGACCCGUCCAAAUACGGCCUGCCGGACUACUUCCACAAAGACGCUCUUCAACCCGAAGGUCUGCAGCCCGUGGCCUGGAACGUUUUCCACCAGCUUCAUUGCUUGGUUUGCAUCCGCACCACUUACAUGAAGCUGGCUCUGGACUUGGACGGUGGCUACGAUGUCUGCACACGCCAGCACAUUGAGCAUUGCUUAGAGAGUCUUCGUCAGGCAACCAUGUGUGCUGGAAACAUGAACAUGGAACGAUUUGAGUUCAUCCACUACCCGGGCCAUGAUGACUUUGUACCCAAGUUGGUCGGUCAGCACGAGAUGCAUACGUGCCGUGACUGGGACGCCCUCAAGGGUGCCAUUAAGAAGGUCAGAUCUGAAAACAUUCCUGUGGACAAGUAUGGGAAGCGUAUACCUCAACCGUAACCUCGCCAUAGCUACAAAAUCGGUCUAUUGAGCCUACACGCUUAGUGUUCCCAGUUCAACUCCCAUGAGUCCACUACGUUGGUGCCGAGGAUCUAUCUCGAGAGAAACCCUCUGCAAGCAGAGUUGGGGCAACGAGAAGGACGCCAGUGCCACUCAGAUAGCAUAUGAUCAGCGAGGUAUACUCCGUAGAUGAAACUAGUAGCUACAGGUACCAUUGUCAUAUAACCAUCUACAGUGGCUGCGUCAUUGGAGAUUUCCGU